CCGCUCGCGGAGAAGGAGGCAGGUCGGUAUAGAGAGCCUCCAAACCGGGCUCCGUCUUCUCCUCUUGCCGGGAGUAACGGCUGUCUCAAUUUGAUGCUUUUCACACGGUAGACCGAGUCAACCUCUCAGAGAGGUUAAGAUGGGUGGAGCUGCCGUCUUAAGUAUGCUGGAGACCUGAAAACUACUAUUAAACUGCUGCCGAAGACCUCAACCACCCCCACCCCACCCAUGACUUUCGAUAGUGAACCGUUGAUUGGUGUGCCUCAAACUCUGUAAUGGAAAAUCGUGAUGAUGAAGCUGAGCAACACCACAGCACAAUGGUGGGUGAGGGGGGCAGCACGGGAGACAGCACCCCGAAACGUAAGGGCAAGUUCUCUACCCUUGGCAAGAUCUUCAAGCCGUGGAAGUGGCGGAAGAAGAAAAGCAGCGAGAAGUUCAAGGAAACUUCAGAAGAACUGGAGAGAAAGAUGUCGACGAGGCGUACGCGGCAGGAGCUCAUAGAACAGGGAGUGCUGAAGGAGGUCCCGGACAACGAUGCAGAUCCAGAUGCUCAAAACCUGAAGCAGCACUAUGUGAAAAAUGGCCACACUCUGCCUGUGAGCGCUGGGGUCGGAGGAGGUGGAGGAGUCAGUGGUAGCAGGAGCCCAUGCAACCAGGGCAAACUCCCCUUAGAGUCCGAUUUUAGGAUGAACCCGGCCUGGCUCACCCAGCCAGACGACCGCAGGGUCCGCUCUCCCUUGAACGGAGACCGCAGAGGAGCUCCGGGCUCCAGGGGCACAGGACUGCAUGAAGAUGGGUGGAGAGGAGGAGGGAUGGGGUCUCAUGCACAUGUUGAGGGCGAGUGGAAGUCUAACAUGGUCUGGCAGGGCCAGAUGGAGGAGGGCAGACGUGGAGGCCGACUUCACCCUGACGAUGGGCAGAAGAGGCCCGGGUUGCAGAAGGCGCCAUCGGAGGAUGGCAGGAGGAGUCGGCCUGCGGAAGCAGACUGGAAGCCCACACUCCCUCGACAUGCAUCUGCUGAAGAGGGGAGGGCCCGCAGAGAGUCAGACAGCCAUUUUGUCCCUGACCCAGAAGCCCUGCGGGACACCCUGCGUGAACCUCUGCCACCUAAACAGUCUGUAAUGCCUCCAAAAUGGCUAAUGAGCUCCACCCCCGAACCUGGCUGCAAGGGUCCACCUCGCACCCCAUCCAGCCACCCCGCGACUCAGUACUCCUCUCCCUCUGCCCCCUCGGCUAUGGCAUCCAAGCCCGUCCGGUCUGUGUCCUCUGCGGGUGCGACCACUCAGCAGUCAUCUGUAGCCCCAACCUCUGCCUCUCAGGGCACCAAGCAGCCCCCUCUGCCCCCACCCAAGCCAGUGAACAGGAGCAACGCUGCCAUGCUGGGUGACUUCACCCAGGCCACCGGCGGUGCCAGUCUUGUGCCAGCCAAGCCCUCUCCACCGAUGCCUCCUAAGAGGACCACCCCCGUCACCAAACGCAACACAGAGGAUUCCUCUGCUUCAAGCCAUCUCAUCAGCCCCUCACCACUUUCUCUGGAGGACCACAGCAACCUCUCUGUGGGAUUUCAGCUGCCUCCGCCUCCUCCCUCCCCUCCCCUGCCAACACACAUACCACCUUCCCCUCCCCGUCAACACAUCCACACCCACCACCUUCACCAUCAGCACUCCUACCCCCACCCACUGCCCCAACCAAUACCAAUGCUGUUUGACCCACCAAGCCCAACCACUGAGUCUCCUCAGCGCCCGGCUCCUGUUCCACUGCAUAUCAUGAUCCAGCGAGCCCUGUCCAGUCCUGGCCCAGCUCAGCCGCACCCAGAUGGGUCACAGCGUGCACACACUCUACUUUUCGAAACUCCUCCAGAGUACCAAGGCGACCGUGGUCGCCCCCUUCCUGUCAGCAUCCAACCACUGAAACUAUCUGAAGAUGACUACUCAGAGGAGGAAGAAGAAGAAGAGGAAGAUGAUGAGGAGGAGGAGGAGUACGAUGGGGAGAUCCCCCAGCCAGAACUGGAGCCACGGAGUCGGAGAUGCUUGGUUGGAGAUGCCGGUGUUUGUGUCAUCCCAGGGGGAAACAGCAGCGAGGAUGAGGAAGAAGAUGAGGAGGAAGAGGAGGAGGAAGAAGAUGAGGAAGAAGAGCGUGACAUGCAUGGGGAGGACAGCGACUCAGACGGCCCUGUGCGUUAUAAAGAUGAAGACUCAGAUGAAGAUGAGGAGGAUGAGCCCCCACCUAGUGCUCUGGCCAGCAGGGUCAAGAGGAAGGACACCUUGGCUCUGAAGCUGAGCAGCCGUCCCUGCGCCCCAGACAGGGACAGGUUUACCCAGGAGAGGAGCAGUAGAGACGACCAGCCUCCAGGACAGACCGGCCUCACCUGGCAGAGCAGGGAACAGUGGGAGGCCAUCCGCACACAGAUCGGCACUGCACUCACAAGGCGACUUAGCCAGAGACCCACUGCUGAGGAGCUCGAGCAAAGAAACAUCCUUCAGCCCAAAAACCAGGCUGACAGACAAGCUGAGGUUAGAGAGAUCAAGCGGCGGCUGACCAGGAAGCUGAGUCAAAGACCCACAGUCGCAGAACUACAGGCGAGAAAAAUCCUGCGGUUCCAUGAGUAUGUAGAAGUCACAGAUGCCCAAGACUAUGACCGGAGAGCAGACAAGCCAUGGACCAAGCUGACUCCUGCUGACAAGGCAGCCAUUCGGAAGGAGCUCAAUGAUUAUAAGAGCACUGAAAUGGAGGUUCAUGAAGACAGCAGAAUCUACACGAGGUUUCAUCGGCCUUAGCCCCCCCCCUCUUCGCGGAUAAUGAAGCACUUAAGGUCUCUGUGAAGCUGCUCCCUAUGCAGACAGAUCGCCCUUUUAUGUUUCCCGAAUGUAAUGUACAGAUUAUCAGGGAAAACCUGAAACUGACUCAAAACAAGAAUGCUUCUCGCUUGCCCUCCAUCGCCCUCCCAAUACAUUGCUUUCACUAAACUGAGGUGUUGGUGGCUGAGGACCAGAUGCAGUAUUUCUCCCGGACAACAGGGGGAGCCACGUGCCAAUGAAGCGGAGAAGUGACAGAGGACCUACAGGGCUUACUCUCAGUCUGCUGUUAUGUGGUACCCCUCAGGGACUCGGAUCUAGUUACAACCUUUAAUGCGGCCUCAUUCUGUGUUGCCUUUUUUCUUCUUUAUUGCAUAUGGACAAGCUAAUUCAUCAUGUUAAUGUAAUAACAUUCAAUAAUAACAGUAAUAAUAAUAAUGAUGACUUAUAAUACUCCACACAGUAAUAAUAGAUAUGGAGACAAAUGGCUGCAGCGAGAGCGAGCUGGAGGAUGAAGACUGGGAUAUUCUGUAAUAGGACUGGACAUCUCUGGGAUAUUGUGUAUGUUUUAUAAAAAUUGUGUACAGACUGCUAUUGUUAUACCUUAGAAUGAAACUUGGAAAGAUCUAAUUACAAAAUAUUCUGUAAUGCACAAGAUAUUUUAUAUUGUAAUUUUGAUCACAUGACUAGUGACAGCAUUUAUUUGAGCCUUUUUUAUUUGGCUUGCCUGUAUUUAUGGUUGUGAUGUGAGGUGGCCAUUUAAGCGUCAAUCUAGAUAUAGAAAAAGGUGCAGGUCAGGAGGCUGUUGGUGUUUUUAUGUGUGCCAACAUACCCAAUGCCUAAAGGAUUAUAGGUUAUACUGGUUUUCAUAUCACUGAUUUCUGCAAUCCACUGCAUGAGCCUACACAGAAUCCAAUGCCAUUGGAUCUGGAUAAUCUCUCUUCAUUUAUACUUUUUUAUGAGUUUUUGUACUUCCCUUUAAAGAUCAAACAUGCAAUGCAUUCUGUAGCCAUUUUGAAUAAGGUUAUGCCAGUAGUGUCAAUACUAAGAGUUAAACGUAAAUUGCUGUGAGUGUAGAUCAGGGAAUUAUCCAAAAAAUCAGAAAACAUAUAAACGGUCAACAGGGAGUCAUUUUUGCUGGAACCUUUUUGAAACUGCAGGAGUGUUUUAUCUUGUAUUGUUGUCUGGCCAGUAGCUUACAGGGUUCUCUACGCUGUGUACAGGUUGAUAUAGGUUUAAUUGAUGCUUGUGUAUAUCUUGUCUUCCUUUCAUUUGAAAAGAAAUUUUAAAUAUAAAAGUAUUAUAGGUUGCUAUUUUUUUAAGCACAGAAUAUUAGUUAAAUGCAACAAAGAAUGGGAAUAUGAAAGUGUACCUUUUCUGUAAAACUAAGUUCAUUUUUAAUUGAAUGUGGAAUUGUACGGACUGACAGUUUUCUUUUUAAUUGUAAAUAGUCACAUCUGGAUCUAAUUAAAAACCUUA